AUGGCCUUCUACUUUCCAAAAUCAUCCGAGUUCACUCUUCCUGGAAAAUACAUCGUAGUCCCCAUCGUCUCCACCGCGAAUGUCUCACAACUCGCGGCUGAUCUCCUCAUUGCCUCGCUAUCCCUUCGAUGCGUAGGUGUGUUCAACCCACAGGACCUCGUUCCUGUUAUCGGUGCCAGAGAGGACGGAGAGGCGGGUGUGACGUUGCCGCUUGAGCUGUACGGGCGGGAGGGAGUCAAUGUCGUGGUCGUGCAGCAGAGAUCCCCUGUGCUUAAGUCUCGCAAACAGGAGUUCAUCGACGCUUUGUUGGGCUUCAUUCGUGAAUCUCAGUUCGCAGCGAUGCUCUUCAUCUCCGGCGUCGACCUUUCGAACAGGACGGAUGCACAGAUGCUCACGCCGACGUAUCUCAUCCAUCCUCUAAACUCGCCAGCCUGGUCUUCUGCACCCCUCUCUUCUCUCUUAACCCUCCCGAUCCCGACCUACAGCUCACCAGUCUCACAGUACCCUGACGCGCUCAAGCCCGAAAGCCCAAUUCCUUUCAUCCCGGGUGGCGGCUUGACGCGUCGCAUCAUCACCAGUCUCCCGUCAAACUGGUCCGUUCCCGUUGCAUCCCUGCUCCAAUUUGUCCUUGAGGGCGACAACACUGUCGAUGCGUCUCUGCUUGCUGCCGUCGUGGCCAAGGUCCUCUCGAUUGAUUCACUCAUCAAAGAGUGGAAGCAACCGUCCAGCUGGCAGCAGGGCUUAUUUGGUACCCCACAGGAACAGACCUUGUAUGGAUAA